GGAACGCAACGCUCCCCUUCAUACCCGAUUAUUCAGGUCGCGUGGACUGGAUGCUGAGAGCGCGAGAGUCGAGCGCGCGCUCGUUCCGUAUCAAACAACAAACGUUCGGAACGUCGACGUCAUCGUUAUCGUUACAGGCCGCGCGCUGCUGAACGCUGAGGAGGAGGAGGAGGAGGAGGAGGAGGAGGGAGGGGGCGGAGCUUCAGAAGGAGAAGCAGCGGCUCGAGCCUCUGAGCGUCGUGACGACGGAACGGUCGCGCUUGACAACAACGGAAUCCGCGCGCGAGUUUUCACUCAUGCAGUUGUGUUGGAGUUAAGAAGAUGGAUGACAGGCGUGAUGGAGUGCAGGUUGGAGAGAAUAAAUACAUCAGCAAGAGCAGUGUCCUCUCACACCUGAAGACCUACAACCUUUACUAUGAAGGACAGAACCUGCAGCUCAGACACAGAGAGGAAGAAGGCGAGUUGAUUGUUGAGGGCCUUCUCAAUAUCUCCUGGGGUUUGCGUCGACCAAUCAGAUUGCAGAUGCAGGAUGACAACGAGCGCAUCAGACCACCUCCCUCCUCCACAUCCUGGCACUCAGGCUGUAACCUGGAUAACCAGAGCGGUGAGGCUCAGAAACAGGCUCCGCCUCCUGUCGAGGUGACAGAAGCAGAAAACCAAUCAGACAACAGCACAGCGAAGGAGGAUGAGGAAGAAGAAGAUGUCAUUGAUGCCUCUUCUCAGCUCCUGAGGACCAAAAGUGAUGCGGGUGUUUUGAGGCGGGGUAACAAGCGGUCUCCUAGCGACCAGCGGCGAAUCAGAAGGCACAGAUUCUCCAUCAAUGGCCACUUCUACAACCACAAGACGGCUGUGUUCACUCCAGCGUACGGCUCCGUGACUAACGUGAGGAUAAACAGCUGCAUGACGACGCCACAGGUGCUGCGCGUGUUGCUCAACAAGUUUAAGAUUGAAAACAGCCCCGAUGACUUCGCUCUCUACCUCGUCCAUGCCAGCGGAGAGCGAGUUCAGCUGAAGCGCACUGAUCACCCUCUGGUGUUGAGGAUACUGCAGGGGCCGUGUGAGCAGGUCUGCAAAAUCUUCCUCAUGGAGCAGGACCUGGGAGAGGAGGUCACAUACGAUGUGGCGCAGUACAUUAAAUUUGAAAUGCCCGUGCUGCAGAGUUUCAUUACCAAACUGAAGGAGGAAGAGGACAGGGAGGUGCAGAAGCUCAAACGAAGGUACAAGUACCUGCGGUAUAUCAUUGAGAAGCAGUUGCAGUGCUUACCGGAUGGUUCCACUUGUAUGUGAAGCUCCUAAUCCACCAGCGCUCGUUCCCCUCAGCACCCUUGUGCUGGUUGUCUGACUGUGAAAGAGCCGCAGCCUUCUGUUUGGUUCAUUUGCUCCGUCCUGAAGUGGUUGUCAGCAUAAAAUACUCCGGGAUCCACUUUACUUCCACCAUAAUGUCACGUAUAUGGAGUCAUGGUACAUUUUUCAGGGUAAAGAGUAGCAGACUUAGCCAGGGACGGUACUAGGCACAUGCCACUAGAGGGCCUUAGACCAGCACAGAUUUAUAAUUCAUUGGCCAAUACUAGAUUUUGUUAGAUUUGCUAGACGUCACACAGCCCAUACAACCUAUCUGGACUUCAUUGGGUUGAAAUAAUAAGGGCCAAAGGAGAAGUACAGUCAGAAAUUGAGAUUUGGUGUAAUUUGUUAGGUUGUAGUCUUUUUUGAUAGCUAAGUUAGACAGGUGGAGUGAUAAGUUUGGCCACAUUAAUAUCAGAAUCAUAAUUAAUUGUAAGUCCACAUAAAGUGGAUCAAUGAUGAAAGAAAAAGAAGCCAGAGAAGCAGCUUGAAGUACCUGCUAUCUCUUCUAUUUCAUAAGACAGAUCUGAAGAGGGACCAUUAUUUGGAAAAGUUAACGUUAGUGAUAACGCUAAUCAUGUAACAGAAUAUAUGUAUGGUGCGUGAAUGGGGGGGUCUAAGGGGUGGGCGAUGUGUGUUUAUUUGUGUGUGUGUGUGUUGGGAAACCCAGGAUUUGCUAAUCCGUCCCCACAAAGAAUGAUCUGGACACGUUAAGCUUGAACUCGUACAUACGACUAAACUUGCAUGAAAAGUUAAUGCUCGCCUGUAGAGCAGUAUGGCCAGACACGGUUAGGCUGGAGAGGUGGGCGCUGACGUAGAACCGUUAAAGACCAUUCAGUUAAAAGGGAAGGCCACUGAUUUUUACAUUUUUUUUUGCAUAAUUCCAUUGUUGCAAUGUAAAGUCAAUCAGAGUGGUUUAAUAUGAAACGCUUUAUUGUUGAGAAGCUUACAGACUCCAGUUUCUUUAGCUACAGUGGUGGUGAUGGGAACCAGCGGUCACAAUGUCUACAACACAAAUAUAGCCAUUUUAUUUACGAAACCACCAGUGAACCGACACAUGAAGUUUUUAUAGGAAUGUUGAAGAUGGCAAAAUAGUGGAAAAUAUGAAAAAAUAUGUUUUCUUUGGGGACUAUUUUGCCUUACAGUGUCCAGCAUGUACCCCUCCGCCGCGAUUGAAUUAAAAUAAAUGGAUUAACGAGACGUUUUAGGUCAAAACACUGUCGCAAAACCCUGCAAGAAUCUCGCAUCAACCUUUGACAGCGUCCGCUAUUUUUGAUACACUGGGCCCUGCUUUAGUUACCAGCAGUAUUACCAGAGAAUUUCUAGUGAGGAGAAUUACCACUCAGUAAUGUCUUUAGGGUUUGUCAGAUGCUAGAGGGCGCUCCUGAGCAAGUCCAAAAUGAAUGGGUUCCUAGGGAGCUUUUGUGCAAAACUGUAUUUUGUAGAUUUUUGAACAGAAAUAUAGACUAAUUUUCUCAACACAGAACAGCAUAAAAUAUUUCUACACUGCUGUCAUAUUUUCGAUCACUUUUGACCUGCAGUUACAGGACUUUCUAACAGUGCUUCAUGUGUGUUGAUGAUGUCAGUGAGCGCAAACCGCUUUACUCAGCCAGUGAGCUAAUCAGCUCGCCAGUCAGUACUCAGUAACAGUAAUGCCAACCAAUCAGCACUCACUAGAACUAAUACUAGUAUCCUACUGCCCAAAACCUGUUUGCUGUCGAAAAAUGGAAAGAUACUGGUAAAUUUUCUUUGAUGUUUUAAUGUAACACGUCCUUCUGCUUUCCAAACAUAAAGAUGCUCCAGUCACACAUUCAUCAAGCACUUGCUCACAGGCGCCCUCUAGUGUUUUCUGUCAUCUCAUUUGAUAUAAUGGAAGAAAUAGGAAGUGGCCAGGCUCCCCUUAAACUAGCUGUGGUUUCACCAAAGUCCUUAUAGGAUAGUCUGUCCACUUCAUGGCCAUCCAGGCACCCAUACAAGAUCAGACUCCUGUCUUUUGGAAUGUGAAGAGACCUAUAGACCCCCCUAAGUAAAAGCCAAGUGAAUGUCUCAAAAACAUUUGAAAUCACUGCUAAAAUCUGACCAAAACAGCAAAUAGUGUGCAGCGUUUGGCUCAAAUAACACAAAAACACAUUUUUUCAGCUUGUUCUGGCUGCUGCGCAUGCACAUAUCUCCACAAUGAGGGGGGCUUUUUCCGCAUGCAGCUUAACCAGUAAGUUGAUGAAGUUUGAGACUUUCACCAUAAACUGACGUCAUGUAGAGCAUUACGAACUUUUCCAUUAAUUUUCCACCCAGUGAACUGCCUCCUCCUUUAUAACGUCUGGGGUAUCACCCACUACACUAUACCAACCACUGGUUAUAUCAACUAGACAUAUUUACUUUACUGACUUGUGGCACAAAUGUCGGCGCCUCCUAAAGGCACAAGAUAUAAAAGCACACUUGAUUGAUCCAGGGAGCCUGUAGGGUCAAUUAAAUGCCACAGAUGUAAGAAACGUCCAGUGAUAAGCACAAUAAAACACACAAGUGAACUCCUUAUCUGGCAGAAUUCAGUUUGGCAGUGAUUAUCUUCAAUGUGAAGUGUGUUUAUGUGUUGGACACGGUUGUUGUUGGACACAGUAAACUUGUUCUGUUACUGACUGAAGCACAUUGACGGUUUGCGAUGAUUGUUUAUGAGCUAAUAAGGAAAUGUAGCAAGUCUGAGGUGUGUGAGUUAUAGAGAAGAGAGAGAGAGAGAGAGAGAGUGAAGCAGAGGUAAAAGCGAUCCAGUGUACCUCCCCUGAUUUUUAAAUAUGUGUAAAAUGUUUGUAUGCAGAUUACAUUUUUUUACAGCGUGUGCGAAUGUGGGUGGAGAUUAUGACCCGUGUGUCUGCGCUGGUUUGUACAGCAUGCAUGUUUGGGUAUUCGAAUGUGUUGCAUGCUUUUACAUGUAAGAGAGGAGGAAUUUUUAAUGUUUUUAUCUUUUUAAAUCAUUUGAUUCAUUUUUUUACAUGAGUUCCUCCUCUGUUUUUGGAGAUAAACUGUCAACCCAGCAUGCCUACUUUGGUUUAUAAUGAAGCUGACAUGAGAAAGAUGAUUGUAAUUAAAUAAAAUCUCUAAAUAGAAAUGGGAAA